UGAUAGAUUUUAGUUUUUUUACGAUACACAAAGCACUGAUUAGAUUCGUUUGAUUUAUUUCUGCGUCAAACUAAAAAUGGAAGAUUUUCUACGCUCUCUUCCGGAUGAUAUAAAAAAGAAAGGAAAGGAAGUUGAAGAAUUUCAAAAAACCUUCCAGCCUAAACCUCAAGUAUGGAAAAAUGUUAGAGGAAUACCAAAUUUCAAUAUGGAUGCCGCAAAAUAUGCUUAUGAUCAUUGGACACCACGUAAAGGAGAUGUUUUCGUAGCAAGUUAUCCCAAGUGUGGAACAACAUGGACCUGCGCGAUUGUGAAACAACUUUUAUUUAUCCGAGAUCCAAACUACUUGGAGAUUAUGAAUGCAAGAGGCAAGGGUAUACUAGGUGCUCAGGCUGCAAUAGAAAGCGGCCCACCCGAGGCAAAGUUCGCCGUUGCGGAUGCUUUACCGUGCUCUAGAAUAUAUUUUACACAUCUACCUUCGGAGCUCAUCAAUGUUGAGAAAAUUAAAUCAAGCGAUGCUAAAGUUAUCUAUGUUUACCGAAAUCCAAAAGACGCGUUGGUGUCGUUUUUUAAUUUUAAUCAAAAUAUUCCCUGUGCCCCAGAACUGAGUAAUCUGAAGACUGAUGACUUCAAUAAAUACCUUGAGCAAAUGUUGCAGGGCGAGCAAUGGACUGGUGUUCCUGCUGGACAAUGGUAUCCAUACCAUAUUAAAAGUUGGAUGCAAUAUAAAGAUGAAAAUUUUAUAAAAUUCAUUGCAUAUGAAGAACUGAAAAAAGACUUUAAAGUCAUUGUUCGUGAUAUUGCUGAAUUUCUCGGCCUGCAAAGAACAGAUGCUGAAAUAUCUGGAAUUGAAAAACGUUGCUCGUUUAAAGUAAUGCAAGAUGCUGCGACCGGCAGUGAUUUGGAAAAGAUCAAAUUUUUCCGAAAGGGUGGUGUUGGAGACUGGAAAAAUUAUUUUUCUGUUGCCCAGUCAGAAAAAAUGGAUGAGCAUAUUAAAAUUGCACUUGGAAAUGUUGACAUCCAAUUCCAGUACGAGAUAUAGGUUGAAUUUUAAUAUUCAUAUCAGAAAUACUGUAACUCUCUGCCUAUCGUAGCACAAUUUAAUGUCUUGAUCUAUCGUAUUAAUUAUGUUUGCGUAAUUGAGUCUGAUUUUUAUUAAAUACAAAUCAAAUAAAAAA